AUGGAUGAAGUCAUACAAAAUUUAGUUGCUACGAGCUCACCAGAUGAAUCUAUUCGUGCACAGGCUUCAGAAUUUAUCGAAAAUUGUACAAAAGACAAAAAUUUUUAUCUUCAAAUCUUUGAUAUACUUCAAAGAACAGAUAUAAACCCAGAAAUAUAUAUUUUAGCAACAGGUGCAUUGAGACUAUGGAUAAAAGAAUCGUUUACUUCUGUUUCAGAAGAAAUUCAGCGACAAAUCAUCGAAUUUUUACAAAAUUUGAUAAUUAAUUGUCAUCCAGCAAUUGAACACAUAAUAGAAAGAUACAAAUCAGUCUUACAAAUCUUUUAUUUGGACAUUUCCCCUUUUUUCUUAGAAAUUUUACAAUUUAUUAACACGCAAACACCUCUAGACUACUUAUCUAACCUUCUUACUGUUUACAAAUUGCUUGGACCAAGGUAUUGUGACAGUAAUUGCCGAAAUACUGACAGAUCUGAGUUAGUCGAGUUUGUUUUAGCACCUAUUACUCCAAUCCUCCAGGAUAUGACACUCUCGCAAUCCCCGGAAGGAUGCACAAUCUACAGCCGCGCACUUGAAGUAUUUAAGACUCUUUACAAUUCAAAAAAUUCUGAACAUGUAAACUUUGCCUCUCAAAUUUGUAUCGUAAAUUUUAAUAAUUUUCCAGACCAAGUACCUGACAACGAGAUGUUCUUUGAGAUGUAUUAUCAGAUUGUCUCUUUUGUUCCCAGUUUAAUCAGUAAUCUUAUCAUUGGUCCGAAACAAGAAAAUACAGAAGAAAUUCUUAAUACCCUGUAUGAGUUAUGCUACGCUUAUAUGGUAAAAUUAGCCAAAACUCAGGCUUUUCCAGGAGAUAUUUUUAUUCCGCUUGCAAACUGCUUGGACUGGAGAAAUUCAGUUGUUCCGAUCAAUGUUGAAACCGUCCAUAUGCUCAUUUCGCUUUGUACCCUUGGAGAAGCCGAGAUUUUUGAUUUUGAAAAUAAUCCUCACCAUUAUUUGAGUUCUUACCUUUCAUAUAAGAGGAAAAACAACACAGACAAAACGUGCCGUGAUGCUAUCUGCUUUUUGGCCAAUUCUCUCGGCUCUUCCAAUAAAAAUUUUCUUCAAUUCCUUCUUACGGAAGAACCAUCGGAGCCAACAAUGUAUUUAGUUGCAUGCCAGACUAAUAAUGCAUUACUACACACAUUACAGAGUGUUUUGGCCGAUUUUGUUCAAAGAUCAUUCGAAACGUGCCAAAACAACCCAGUUGAGCUCGCAACGCUUCUCUUUUUGAUAAAGAAGUCAAUAGAGCAUAUCUAUGAAUAUCCAAUUUACAAUAGUUUCUUGGAAUUUACAAUUAAUUGUCUAACAAACUCUCAGAGUGACGUAGUUAUUGAUGAAUCCAUUGGAGUAUUAUACAAAUUACUUAUAAAUGGCGAAGACAUCCCAGUUGACCUUGUAGAACCAAUUUUAGAGUUUUCAGAAAAAUAUUGUUCGAAAAACGCUUUGAAAUUCUUUGCAAGGUACGUAAAAACCAAUGAUGACUUCGGAGAAGAGCAACUGUGCAAGAUAAUUGAUUUCUAUCUUCCAAUAAUCGAAGAAUCAAUUUUAGAUGCACAAGAUACAACAAAUUUAAUGAUGAUCGUUGGCAAAUUGGUAGAAAUAGGUGGAGUGUCAGUUAUUACUAACGAUCUCUCAGCGUUUAUUGAGAAAUAUCUUAAUGAUCCUUAUGUUUCCUCUGUAGAACCAAUUUGUUCGUUAAUUGGAGUGAUUUUCACAUUGAACAACAAUGAGAUUUCAUCCCAAUUGAUGAAAAUGCUCUGCCAGAGCUUGGAUUCUAAUGUAACAAUGGAAUCUUUGUCCUACAUCGUAGAAACGAUCUGUUGUUUGCUAAUUAUAUGUCCUAAUGCAUUCCAAGUAUUGGGAGUUGGAGAAUUGUGGUUCCAAACAAUUCUUUCCAAAUUUGGAAAAUCUAAUUUCCAAGAUGCGAAUUUGGCGAUCAUUUUAUCGCUUAUUAUUCAAUCUGAUGAAACUGUAGAUGCUUCCCCUGUUUUGCAACUGAUUUCUUCUCAAAAUUUGUUCAAUCAAGUGAAAUUUUUGCUUCUUGCGACAUUAAUUGACUUCAGAUCAUUGGAUAUCAGCAAAGAAGUACUUGAUCAGUACUUACAGUACUUGGGAAUUGAAAAAAUCACUUCUUAUAACCAAAAUUACUUGCAUUACGUCGCAAUGCUUGUGAUUAUAUCGCAACAUAACGAGUAUGCAGCUGCUCUCUAUCCUGUGGCCUUGGAAUGUUUGAAUCAGAGCUACAAAGGCUCAGAAUCUUUUCUUUGGCCAAUUACUCGAAUUAACGUUAAUGAACUUGACCAAAAUGCAAAGACUUUAGCAGCAAAUUCAUAG